AUGCCAUUGGUUAUAGGAAAUACUGAAAGGCCGAGAUCUCUUAACAACUUUAAUACCCACCGGUAUGUAGAUUAUACACAUUUAAAGAAAAGUUGCAUGACAAGCCCCAUUUUUAGUAUUUACCUCAGUAAUCUUAAUGAGAAUAUGAAAUCAAAAAAAUUGCAAAGUAUUACUGCUUGUUGA